AUGAAAGAGAAAAUUAUUAAAGCUGUGGUUCUUGGUGAUGUAACAAUUGGUAAAACAUCAUUAUUAGUUACAAAAAAAAUUGGAUUUCCAUUGGAAUAUAUACCCACAAUAUUUGAUAAUCACUAUUUCGAAAUAAAAAUAAAUGACCAAAUUAUGAGAAUUGGUUGUUGGGAUACUGGUGGUGGUGAGGAAUAUCCUCGACCAUUAUCAUAUCCACAAACAAAUUUAUUUUUAAUUUUAUUUUCAAUAUCUUCAAGAAAUUCAUUUAAUAAUUGUGAAACAUAUUGGUUACCUGAAGUGACAAAAUUUUUACCAAGUGUACCAAUAAUAUUAGUUGGCACAAAAACGGAUUUAAGAAAUUGUGAUGAUUAUAAAGAUAAAUCAACAUUUGUAACAUAUGAAGAAGGAUUGGAGAUGAAGGAUAAAAUUAAUGCAUCUGCAUACCUAGAAUGCUCAUCAUUAUUAAAUAAAGGUGUAGAUGAUUUGUUCGAUACAAUGGCAAUCAUUGGUAAUAAUGACCUAAAAUCAAUAAUUCCAAAUCAAUUACUUAGAGAUCAUUAUAACCAAUCACAAAGGAGUGAAAUUUAUGAAGCUCAAAGAAAUAAUUAUGAAAAUAAUAACAAUAAUAAUAAUAAUAAUAAUAAAUGUAUAAUUUGUUAA